AUGACCGCCAAGCCGGAGCCGUCUACAGGUCGGCCUCGAGCCAAUAGUCCGGAUUCGAGUCGGAGCAUAGUAACAGAGGCGCCUAUUGUACCAAAGGAUGAAAUUCUAGUUACCUCUGGACAUAUCGCCGCCCAAGAAAUCGACAAACCAAUUGGAACAGACGAAGCUAGAAACAGUAAUGCUGAUGGCAACGAUGUUCCUAUACAGCCUGGACAAACCGACGAUGGCCUUUAUACAAUAUUCUCUAAACCCGAGAAAAUAUUCAUGGUCAUUACAGCUGCGGCAAUAGGCAUCAUCUCGCCUUUGACUGGCAGCGUCUACUUGCCAGCAAUGAACGACAUCGCCGCUGACCUUGGCGUGAAGACGUCCUUGAUCAACCUUACCAUCACGACCUAUCAAAUCUUCCAAGGACUUGCGCCUUCUUUCAUCGCUUCUUUGGCAGACACCCACGGUCGGCGUCCAGCUUAUGUGACAGCCUUGGCAAUCUACUUGGUUGCCAACCUCGUGUUGGCCUUGCAGCAUAACUAUGCCGCGCUGCUCGUUCUGAGAUGCCUGCAGUCAGCUGGAAGUUCUGCCACCAUCGCCCUUGGGAGCGCUGUUGUAUCAGACAUGGUCACACGCGCUGAGAGGGGGAGCUAUAUCGGGUGGGCUACCUUGAGCAUCUCUCUCGGGCCCUCCUUGGGGCCCGUCGUCGGUGGCUUGCUAAGCGGGUACCUAGGGUGGCGGUCCAUUUUUUGGUUCCUUCUCAUCUUCGGGGGCAUUAUGCUUGCCAUUGUCAUCGCCUUCAUACCUGAAACCUGCAGGGCAGUGGUGGGCGACGGCAGUGUGAGGCCGCAAAAUGGGAAUAUCUCCUUGAUGCAGCAGUUGCAAUUUCGCAACGGCGGGGGCAACCAGGUUGAAGAGAACAGGGACACCAUCACAAAGCCUAAACGGCGCCCAAACCCUCUCACCGUGUUGAGAAUUCUUGGCGAACCCGGAGCAGGAAUCAUACUUGGUUUCGGGUCACUCCUAUUUGCCGGUUAUUUUAUGGUGAUGACUACUCUAUCCGAGCAAUUAGCCUCUCGCUUUGGCUUCGAUUCGGUGAAAAUAGGAAUCUGCUAUCUGCCACUGGGCAUUGGCUCCCUCGUUUCGCGGGUUACAGCGGGCCAGCUCUUCGACUGGAAUUUUCGGCGGCACGCACGCCUGCUGGGCAUCCCGCUUGAUCUAAGAAAGCAACAAGGAAUCGAUGUUUUCCCCAUCGAGCGAAUCCGCUUGGAGAUUUGCAUCCCCAUGGUAUAUAUUUCCUGCGCAACUGUGCUGGCCUACGCGUGGACCAUGCAGACCAACUCUUCUCUGGCUGGAAUCGAAGCAACACUUUUCUUCCAGGGUCUGUUCUUCUCAGGGGCUCUGCAAGGACUGAAUACCUUGGUAGUAGAUACACAUGCAGACACUCCGGCCACGGCCGUGGCUGCAUACAACCUCUGCAGGUGCCUCAUGAGUGCAGGCGGAACCGCUGUUGCACCACUUAUGAUCGAACGUAUCGGAGUCGGUUUCAUGGGUGUCUUCAUCUCCGGAGUUUGGAUCGCAUUCAGUCCGAGUCUAUGGCUAGUCCUAUACAAAGGGCCAAGCUGGCAGGAAUCACAGAGGAAAAGAGAGUUGAACGACACGAUAAUACAGCAAGGGGAAGAUAAGAAGGUGUGA